CACUGGCGGCGCUGGCUCGCAGCAUCCUGGUGACGGGCUCCAACCACGGCAUCGGGCUGGAGCUUGUGAGGCAGCUCGCUGCUAGCCCCUGGCCCCCGCAGCACAUCUUCGCCACAUGCCGUGACCCCGACGGGCCACGAGGGAAGGUCAGUGGAGCAGACACCGUGAACUUCCCCAGCACCCAUGGGGCCAUGCAGGCUGUGAGGUCUCAUCUGAAGGACCAGGGCUUGAACCUGCUCAUCAGCAACGCAGGUGUCAGCUCGCACGCCGGAUUGUGCUGCCUGGAUUCCCAGGAGAUGCUCUCCAUGUUUGCCACCAACGCUGUCGGACCACUCCAGGUUGCCAAGGUCAUGCUGGCACAGCACUGCCUCUUCCAGGCUGCCCAGAACAUGGUGACAAGGUGCUUGGCUGCGGAGCUCCAGAACAAGGGGAUCUUGUGCAUAGCCAUCCAUCCUGGCUGGGUGAAGACUGACAUGGGGACGGAGAAGGCACCACUGACGGUGGAGCACAGCGUGCAGGGCAUCCUGACCAUGCUGGCCAGCCUCUCACAGGACACCACUGGAGCCUUCCUCGACUGGGAAGGGAACAGCCUGCCUUGGUGA